AUGAAGUUUGGUAAGUACCUCGCGUCGAGGCAGCUCCAGCUCCCAGAAUACUCGGGACACUUCAUUGACUACAAGGCAUUGAAGAAGUUAAUCAAACAGUUGGCCAUUCCCACCCGAGAUGAAGCCAAUCCUGCCACCCAGCUGGAAAUCCAGCAGAGACUCCAGGAGAACAAGGCCUCGUUCUUCUUCAGAGUGGAAAGAGAAUUGGACAAGGUCAAUUCGUUCUACUUGGAGAAACAGGCCAAUCUCGCCAUCAACUUGAACUUGUUGAUCAUGAAAAAAGACGAGUUGCUCAGAUACGACCAGCACCAGGGUCCCAACGGCCAGGUUGCCCUUCGAAACUCCAUUUCCUAUCUUAACUUGUACCAGAAUUUCAAAAAAAUCCACCAGGACCUCAUCAGAUUACAGCAAUUCAUCGAAUUGAAUGAAACUGGUUUCUCCAAGGUGGUUAAAAAGUGGGAUAAGAGAUCGAAGUCUCACACCAAGGAAUUGUUCAUACAAACUGCGGUCAGCGUUCAGCCAGUGUUCCACAAGAAUGAAAUCAAUGAGUUGAGUGACUUGGUUACCCUGAGCUUGUUCUAUUUGGAAUCUAUUAUGGAUGGUGAUUUUUCCUCCUUGGCUUACUCGGUCCAACCAGUCACUUCAGCCGUGCCAGCCACCGCAACAAUUGGAAAAGAUAUAGACUUACCCAUGCCUGAGGACUCUACUGUUCCACUCUCUAAGCCUGAUCUAACUAUUGUGACAACACCCACUACUACACAUAGGCCUUCCAUCAUUAAUCUUCAAAAUAAUGAGAUUGACGAACUCUACUCCUCUUUCGUCAAUAUUGCAACAACCAAGGAUCUUGAUCUUUCCUUGUUGUCUAGAUGGAUUGACAAGGUGUUAAAAAACUCGGAAUCAUCCAAUACUUCAAGUAAUGUCACAGAGCCAGCCAAGUUCGAUCCAUCUGUUAUUAGCAAACUUUCGAAGAUCUUCUUGCUUUCAAUUUCGAACCUCAAGAUCUCAGAUACCUUCUUGGAAUCAUUUCUAAAACUGAUCGACUAUCAGAUUGACUUCACAUAUGUCAGCGACGAUUUCAACAACAACAACAAAAAUGUGAUACAAGAGUGUUGUUCAAUUCCUCCACCUCCAUCGCAAUCAACGUCGGAAUCGCAUGUUGUAAUAAAUAAUGGUGUUAAAGUCAUUAACUCCUCAGAUUCAAUAAACCAUUCAAGAACUUUCAUUGUUGAGUAUAUCAUGAAAAACUUAUCGGCUGACUCUACAAAGGACUUGCUUAUUUGCAAAGAUUUCAAUGGCAGAAGUGGGUUACAUUAUGCCUCACAAAAUAACAGACUUGACUUAUUGGAAAUAAUCUUGCCUAACUUUCCAAAAUUGCAUCUAGAUGAUUUGGAUAACGAUUCCAUGUCUCCAUUAUUAUUGGCAAUCAAACAAGGUAAUUUCACCGUGAUUCAAAAAUUAGUUCAGUCUGGCAGUAAUUGCUUCCCCAAAUCAGAGGAAAGUAAAUUGCAAUACUUGCCUAUAAAUUUCACCUGUAAGUUUGGAGACUACAAAACUUUGGAAUAUUUAUUGUCACAUGCUACAUCAAAAGAGUUGAUAAACCAACAGGAUGUCGAAGGAUUAUUGCCAAUUCAUGUCGUUUCGCGUUCGGGCCAUUAUAAACUAAUCAAGUUGUUAAUCCAAUAUGGAGCAGAUCUAAAUAAGACUGAUGGGUUAAACAAAUGGACCCCAAUAUUUUAUUCUUCCCUUGAAGGACAUGUCAAGACGACACAGGAAUUGGUUAGAUACGGUGCGAAAGUGGAUUUGGUUGACCAAGAUGGAUAUAAUGUAUUAUACUAUUGUGUGAUUGAAGGCCAUAUUGAGGUUUUAAAUGAAUUAUUGAAAUACUCCAAUACUAUCUUAACCAAGAAGAACAGGGAAAAUGAAGUGAAACUGCUAGCAAGUGCUAAAUCUUCUCCUAUUGCUCGUGAUACAACUAUUCCUUCAAUCUUGGAUAAUGAUUAUGAUUCAGAGGAUAGUGGAAAUACCAACAAAGAUAUCAACGUUGACAAUAUACCUGAUUUCAAAUUACCUCCUCCGAUCUUACCCAUGAGAAGAUACGGUCAUAAUUUCUUGGAACAAAAGGUCCUUAUCGAAUUAAUAUUCCCUCCUGAUUCGCAAUUCGUCCAUUUGUUUGAUUCCACUAUUAGUGACUUGAAACCAGGUCGAUUAACUCUCACAUCUAAUAUUACUGAUAUUGUUCCAAGAAAUAUCUUGCUACCAUUAUCGCAAGAUACAAAUUCUACUUACAAUUGUGUUUUUCAAACUGAGGUGGACUCACUAAACGAUUUCAGAAUUGAUUUUGAGAUUUUUCCUAAGUUUGGUACGAGAUUAAUCGCCAAAACUACCGCAUUAUCAUUUUCUCAAAUCGAUACUUCUUCUCCAGAGAUAAAUUCGAUCCAGCUCCCAUUGUUCGAUUUAAGAUUGAGAAAUAUUGGUGAGUUGAAGUUCAACUAUCAAAUAAUUUUCCCAUUUUCUGGUACCCUUCUUGAGACUUCUAAGUUUGAUACUUAUUGGAAGUCCUCGACUUGUUUUGUGAAGAACAGGCAGACUUUGAAGUUGAACGCAGCAGGAGGCUUGUCGCCAAACAAUUUCUUAUCGCCCUCAUUGGUUAAUGGUGCAACCAACGGAACCACAAGUAAUAAUGGGGCUAGUGCAAUUCCUGCCUCUGAAUCCAGUGCAUCUUCUGUGGUCACAGCUACUUCUUUGUCAGGGGAGUAUCUUCGUAUCAAAAUAUGCUUGCUCAACGAUGGAACUCCAAUUGUCUGCCCUCAUUGGUCUAUUUCUAUCACUGAGGAUAUUGAUCUUUACUUGCCUAACUUAUCGUUAGAGCAACUUAGCUCUAUCACGAAUAAUCUAUUCGAUUACCAAAAGGUUAUUCAUGACCUUUCGAGGAUGACAUACAAGGAUAUUGGAUUGAUAAAGAAGUUGUUGCGAAUUAUCUUCCUUCCUCUAGACAUUCUUCUAGAAGUUUUGAGCGUUGACAUUAAUUUGAACUUGGAAUUAAUGUUCCCAUCAUUAUAUGAACUAGAGAAUUUACCGUUCAUAGGGAAUAUUCAACUGAAUUUGAAUAACUUCAUCGAUUUUACAUUAACUGAUGUGUUCAAUCAUAUCAGAAACUCAAAGAAAAAUCCAGUUGGAACUAAUGGUUCAAUUGCACCAGGAAAUGGCGGUCGUUCGAUAAUCUUUUUAUCAUCUAACUCACUCAUAUGUAAGAUACUCAACUGGAAGCAACCAAAUUUCCCGGUAUUUUUGAUUAUGAAUGGAAUCACCUACAAUUCUAGCAAGAGGUUGUUUGAGUCUAGGACUACAAAUGGCUUGUUGCUUGACGAUAUAAAGAAGAAGUCCAAUGUUGUUGAGGUGCUGAACAAGAACGCCGUGGAUACAAACUAUCAAGAAGUUACCAUAAGGUCGAUAAAAGAGGCGGUUGAGUUCACCAUCAGUAACAAUCUUAUAGGACUCAUUACCUCGAUUCAUUUAUUAGAUUUAGUUCCUAAACUAAUUCCCUUGAUAAGAUCCAGAGGACUCGUCUUGGUGGCUUCAAGUGACUUGAAUGAUGACAAUGAUAAUGAUGAAAUGAUUUCAAAGGAUUUGGAUUCCUAUACAAGAACUGAGAUAAAUGGAUUGCGUUUCGAUGACGUAUUAAGUUUCAAGGAGGAUAUUACUAUGUAA